CACAGCAAGCAAGUCUUUUAUAUUUGCUGAUGUUGAUGCAACGUGUUUAUUUCAUUUUUUUUGCACAAACAAAAAAAUUCUUUAAAAAAUCUUUUGUUCACAUUCGGUUUUCAACAAACAAAAUAAUUUUUUCUCUGAUUUAUUGGUUACGACAACAACAACAGGAAAAUCAUUCGAUUCGAAUCAAAUUGUCGUCGUCGUCGAACAUAAACCUAAAGAAGAAUGGGUGACAAUAAUAAAAAAGAUCAAGAUUUAGCCAAUUUAUCGCAAGGUUUUAGUAAAAAGCUCAAUGUUGAUGCUCGUGAAUUUGUGCCUUCAUUUUUACAGCGGCAACAACCUUCAACAACAACGACGACCACAACAACAUCAAUUCCAGAAUCGCAACAACAACAACAAUCAAAUAAUGAUGCUUCGACGACCAACCUCACCUCCUCCACUCAAUCAUCAUCCGAAUCACAAACAUCAACUGCUCAAUCUUCUAGAAUAAACGCUACUGAUGAUAAUCCGAAAUUACCUGAAGAUCCAGAUGGUCAAGAAGUGGUCGAUGAUUGGGAUGCCGGUGAUAAUGUUGAUGAUGAUGAUGUUGAUGAUGAAGAAGAAGAAGAUGAUGAUGAUGUCGAUGAUGAUGAUGAUGAAACAAUCGAUAAUAAAUUGGAAAAAAAACCACGAACAAAAUUGAAGAAAAAAUCAUCGAAUAAACCAACAAUGAAACAUACAACCAUAACAAAAGAACAUCUAAAUAUUGUUUUCAUUGGUCAUGUUGAUGCAGGAAAAUCAACAAUCGGUGGCCAACUAUUAUAUCUAACCGGUAUGGUUGAUAAACGAACGUUGGAUAAAUAUGAACGUGAAGCAAAAGAAAAAAAUCGUGAAUCAUGGUAUUUAUCAUGGGCAUUGGAUACAAAUCAAGAAGAACGUGAUAAAGGUAAAACUGUUGAAGUUGGUCGUGCAUAUUUCGAGACGGAAAAUAAACAUUUUACUCUGUUGGAUGCACCUGGUCAUCGUGGUUUCGUACCGAAUAUGAUUGGUGGUGCAUGUCAAGCUGAUGUUGCUGUUUUGGUUAUAUCAGCUAGAAAAGGUGAAUUUGAAACCGGAUUUGAACGUGGUGGACAAACACGUGAACAUGCUAUGUUAGCUAAAACUGCAGGUGUAAAACAUUUAAUUGUUUUAAUAAAUAAAAUGGAUGAUCCAACCGUAGAAUGGUCUGAACAACGUUAUCAAGAAUGUCAAGAUAAAUUAUUACCAUAUUUGAAAAAAUGUGGUUUUAAUCCAAAAACUGAAUUAUAUUUUUUACCAUGUUCCGGUUUAACAGGGGCAUUUUUACGUGAUGUUGCGGAUGAAAAAUUAUGUCCUUGGUAUAGGGGACCAUCAUUUUUAGAUUAUCUGGAUAAACUUCCAUCAUUUAAACGACAAAUUGAAGGACCAUUUCGUAUGCCAAUUGUUGAUAAAUAUAAAGAUAUGGGUACAGUUGUUUUCGGAAAAAUUGAAAGUGGUAGUACUGAACGUGGUGCACAAUUAUUAUUAAUGCCAAAUCGUAAAUUAGUGGAAGUACUACAAUUAUGGUCAGAUGAAGAUGAAGUUAGUCAUGUUUCAUCGGGUGAAAAUGUUAAAAUCAAACUAAAAGGUGUUGAAGAAGAAGAAGUUACAGCCGGUUUUGUACUUUGUGAUCCAAAUGAUCCUUGUGCAACUGGUCGUGUGUUUGAUGCACAGGUUGCCAUUCUUGAACAUAAAUCAAUUAUUUGUCCAGGUUAUUCAGCAGUUUUGCAUAUUAAUUCAGCAAUCGAAGAAGUUUGUGUUAAAAAUAUUAUCGAUCUUAUUGAUAAAAAAACUGGCCAACGUUGUAAGGUAAAACCUCGAUUUGUUAAACAAGAUCAAUUAGCAUUAAUGAGAUUAGAAUGUACGGGUGGUAUGGUCUGUAUGGAACCAUUUAGUAAAUUUCAACAAAUGGGACGUUUUACAUUGAGAGAUGAAGGAAAAACAAUUGCUAUUGGUAAAGUGUUACGAAUCGUUGAAUGAGAAAAAUUUGAAAAUUGAAAAAUUCAUCAGUCAAGCCAGCAAGCAUUUACAACCAACAAUCAGCCAAUCUUGAUUGAAUUUUUAUGGUUCUUUUUUUUGUCUUUUUCUUAAAAAAAAUUACGUUAUAUUUUUCUAAUCAAACAAAAAAUGAAUGAAUGAAUGAAAUUGAUGGAGAAAG